AUGCAGAGGUAUCUUGGUCUGAGGGGCGGACGCCUUGCUGCUGUUAUCAGUGGUGUUUGUGGAUUGUGCUUCUUGUGCUUCGGUUAUGCACAGGGUGUUUUAGGCGGACUUUUGACUGUGCCUCAGUUCCUCGAGCGAUUUCCGCAGGUCGAUACUUUGGAUCCGGCACAGGCGUCGUUUCACAGUUCGUGGGUGACUGGUCUUGCUGUGGGAUCAUGGAAUCUCGGAUGUCUGGCCUCUGCCCUCUUGUGUAUCGUGGUCAGCGAUUCUCUCGGUCGCAGACGGACACUGCUUGUCGGUAUUACAAUAUGGACGAUCGGCGAGAUCAUCCAGACUUCUUCAUAUAGCUUUACACAGUUCAUUGUAGGACGAGCCAUUGCCGGCUUUGGCAAUGGGUUCACCACAGCCACGGCUCCAGCGUACCAGGCAGAAUGUGUCAAGUCACAUCGGAAGGGAACAAUCUUGAUGAUCAGCGCUGGAGCUUUCGUCGCAGCAGGUUAUGCGUUGUCAUACUGGCUCACCUUCGCCUUUGCUUACGUUGAUUCUUCGGCAGCAUGGCGCGUCCCGAUAGCGUUCCAGAUCAUUUUCUCCCUACCUGCCAUCGCGCUGCUGUUCUUCCUACCGGAGAGUCCCCGCUGGCUCAUUCUAACAGGCCGAGAGCAAGAGGCGCUGAACGUCCUCGCUGCCCUCAACGAUGCCGACAUCGAUGAUUUCGAGAUCAAGGACGAGUUCUUGCAAAUCAAGGACGCCAUUCUGAUCAUGGCUCAAGGAACAACAGCAAGCAUGUUCUCGAAUAAGGAGCGCCGAGGCUUCCACCGUGUCGUUCUUGCGUACUUCGUCCAGGUUUUUCAACAAGGGACUGGUAUCAACCUCGUCCUGCAGUACCUGAGUUGGAUCUUCUUCACCCGCAUGUCCUACUCGGGAUGGCUGUCACGUCUGCUAGCUGGCCUUUCUGCGACGACCUACUUCCUUGCCAGUUUUGUCGCCGUUGUUGGUAUCGACCGCUUCUGGGGUCGUAGGUCACUGAUGAUGUUUGGCGCUUCUGGCAUGAGCGGCUGCAUGGUCCUCAUCACGAUCAUGCAGUACCUCUGGACUGAGCAGGAUCUUGCUGGUGCCAGAGUUGCCAGCACCGUCUUCCUUUUUGCCUUCUCUAUGUUCUUCGCUAUUGGAUGGCAAGGAAUGGCCUGGCUCUACCAAGUCGAGAUCGUUCCUCUGAGAAUCCGUGGGCCGGCAAACGCGCUGAGCACAAGCGCCAACUGGAUGUUCAACUUCAUCCUCGUCUUUGUCACGCCUGUCGCCUUCAACAACAUCGGCUAUCGCACGUGGAUCAUCCUUGCUGUUACUAACUUCGCUAUCAUCCCCGCCAUCUACUUCUUCUACCCAGAGACGGCCUUCCGCUCCCUCGAAGAAAUUGACGUUAUCUUUGCACUUGCCGAGGACGAACCCGGCAAUUCAUGGUUCAACGUGGUGAGGAUCAGCCAGAACGAGCCGCUGUGGUUCGGGAAGCGCGGCGAGAAGCGCAUGGAUUUCCAGUACCAGAACAGCUCCUGGCAUCGCAGGGUCAUGGGCAGCAGUGGCAGCAGUGGAAACGGGACUGGGAGCGACAGCAACCAAAUUAUGAGCGAGAAGGAUCAAGAAACAGAGGACUUCAAUCGCUCCCUGCAACCGCCAGAAGCCGGCGUAGGCACCGUCGUCUCCAACUGCUACUCGGACCAGAACACUCCCUACCGCCCCGCAAGCCCCGAAUCCCCCAUUGACCCUCGCCUCUCUACUCCCGCCUCCCCAACCUCAACCAUGGCCAACCAAAAACUGCGCCGUAAGCACAGCCGCACAUACCACAAGGACUCCCUCAGCAGCGAGCCCACCCUAAUCCACCACGACUCCCACGAAUCCGCCCACAAACACACCAGAGAAUCAUGGUACCAGAGCAAAGACUCCCUCGCAUCCGACACCAGCGCCUUCCACGACCCCUUAACCGCACCACCCGUCCCCACCAUCCCCCACCCCCGCUCCCGCAGCAACUCCUCUUCGCCCCCGUCCCGCCCUGGCUCCCGCAGCCGUGGCCGCCACUCGCGCCCCACCACCGCGGACACGCAGCGCAGUUUCCUCGACGACGCGUCGGAGCACCACGCGUUCACGGCGGAUGAGCGCAUCGAUGCGCAGUCCCUGGCGUCGGUGAAUUAUCCCGGCAGGCUGGAUUCUGAGCCGAGGCGCGAGGCGAGGGGCAGGGAGUAUUUGCCCGAGGAGUUGGUGGGGGAUCUGAGAGAUGGGAGUGUGGAGCGGAAUCUGGAGAGGAGUGUGAGUGCGAGACGGAGGUUUGCUGCAAGGGAUGCUGGGAGGGCGUUUUAG